UUCAUUCAUGUUUCAUUUUAUUACUACAGGUAUGAGGCUAGUAACAUCAACAGUGAGGACAAACCCAGCCCUCCUCUCUCCUUCUGCACUGACUCCAAACCUACAGUCACUGGGUCCUGAUUGUGACAGUGGAGCCCAGUUUGCACUGCAGGAUCCAGAGAUGGCAUCAGUGAAGCUGGAGGACUGCAGUCAAACACUGGAGCUGAAUGUCAACAUUAAAGAUGAAGAAGAGGAGGAGAAGAUUGGGACAUCUGUUUCUCAUGUACUUGCCGACUCUGGUAUGAGGCCGGUAACCUCAACAGUGAGGACAAACGCAGGCCUCCUCUCUCCUUCCACACUGACUUCAAACCUACAGUCACUGGGUCCUGAUUGUGACAUUGGGGCCCAGUUUGCACUGCAGGAUCCAGAGAUGGCAUCAGUGAAGCUGGAAGACUGCAGUCAAACACUGGAGCUGAAUGUCAACAUUAAAGAUGAAGAAGAGGAGGAGAAGAUUGGGACAUCUGUUUCUCAUGGACUAGAAUUAAGUCUGAGGCCAGUAACAUCAACAGUAAUGACAAACCCAGCCUGCCUCUCUCCUUCCACACUGAGUCCAAACCCACAGUCACUGGGUCCUGAUUGUGACAGUGGAGCCCAGUUUGCACUGCAGGAUCCAGAGAUGGCAUCAGUGAAACUGGAAGACUGCAGUCAAACACUGGAGCUGAAUGUCAUCAUUAAAGAUGAAGAAGAGGAGGAGAAGAUUGGGAAAUGUGUUAAUCAUGGAGACCAUGUUGAGACAUUCUCUACAUCCAGAGAGCAUCAGCAGGAAGAUCACAGAGCAAAGAUGUCUCACCACUGCCCACAUUGUGGGGAGAUUUUGCCAUUUCUAUCAAAGCUAAAAAUACACCUAAAAAUACACACAGGAGAAAAACUUUACUCCUGCUCUGAAUGUGGAAAAUGCUUCAAAACAUCAACUGAACUAAAAGUUAAUCAAAGAACACACACAGGAGAGAAGCCUUACUCCUGCUCUGAAUGUGGAAAAUGCUUCAAAACAUCAACUGAACUUAAAGUUCACCAGAGAACACACACAGGAGAGAAGCCUUACUCCUGCUCUGACUGUGGAAAGAAUUUCUCUCACCUGGGCAACUUAAAACAACAUGAACACAUACACACAGGAGAGAAGACUUACUUCUGCCAUGACUGUGGAAAGAGUUUCCAUCAACUGGGUACCUUAAAACAACAUGAACGUAUACACACAGGAGAGAAGCCUUACUCCUGCUCUGACUGUGGAAAGAGAUUAUCUUACCUGGGAUGCUUAAAACAACAUGAAAGUAUACACAAAGGAGAGAAGCCUUACUCCUGCUCUGACUGUGGAAAAUGCUUCAAAACAUCAACUGAACUAAAAUGUCAUCAGAGAACACACACAGGAGAGAAGCCUUACUCCUGCUCUGAAUGUGGAAAAUGCUUCAAAACAUCAACUGAACUAAAAUGUCAUCAGAGAACACACACAGGAGAGAAGCCUUACUACUGCUCUGAAUGUGGGGCGAGUUUCUCUCAACUGGGCCACUUAAAAAAACAUGAACGUAUACACAAACGAGAAGCCUUACUCCUUUUCUGACUGUGGGGCAAGUUUCUCUCGUCCGGACACCUUAAAAUGACCUGAACAUACACACAGGAGAGAAGCGUUACCACUGAUCUGACUGUAGAACAUGUUAAAACACCAGCUGAGCUUAAAGGUCAUUAGAGAAAAGACAAAAGGAGAUAAGCCUUACUUCUGCUCUCAAUGUGGCAAGAGUUUUUCCCAAUUGGGAAAACACACCAACGGCUACACACUUGAGAGAAGCCUUAUCACUGCACUGACUGUGGGAAGAGAUUCUACAGAUUGGGCCAAUUGAAAAGACACCAAUGUACACAUAAAGGAGAGAAACCUCAUCAGUUUUCUCAGACCAGCUAAGAUUAGACACUCCACUUAAUUAUCAUGUCAUUAAAUAAUUGGCAACGGUGAAUUGGAUCAAAUGAAGAAAGUGUAGAACACUAUUGUAAUCCUAUAGUUUCUCACUGUGAGAGAACAAUGCAGAGGAAAGGGAGUGUUAUAGAAUGUUAGCUCUCUCCUCUGUCUUCCACUCGUUACCUGUAUUAAUGGCACCUGUUUGAACUUGUUAUCAGUAUAAAAGACACCUGUCCACAACCUCAAACAGUCACACUCCAAACUCCACUAUGGCCAGGACCAAAGAGCUGUCAAAGGACACCAGAAACAAAAUUGUAGAUCUGCACCAGGCUGGGAAGACUGAAUCUGCAAUAGGUAAGCAGCUUGGUUUGAAGAAAUCAACUGUGGAAGCAAUUAUUAGGAAAUGGAAGACAUACAAGACCACUGAUAAUCUCCCUCGAUCUGGGGCUCCAUGCAAGAUCUCACCCCGUGGGGUCAAAAGGAUCACAAGAACGGUGAGCAAAAAUCCCAGAACCACACGGGGGACCUAGUGAAUGACCUGCAGAGAGCUGGGACCAAGUAACAAAGCCUACCAUCAGCAGGGGCAUUGAAGAUGAAACGUGGCUGGGUCUUUCAGCAUGACAAUGAUCCCAAACACACCGCCCGGGCAACGAAGGAGUGGCUUCGUAAGAAGCAUUUCAAGGUCCCGGAGUGGCCUAGCCAGUCUCCAGAUCUCAACCCCAUAGAAAAUCUUUGGAGGGAGUUGAAAGUCUGUGUUGCCCAGCAACAGCCCAAAACAUCACUGCUCUAGAGGAGAUCUGCAUGGAGGAAUGGGCCAAAAUACCAGCAAAAGUGUGUGAAAACCUCGAAGACUUACAGAAAACAUUUGACCUCUGUCAUUGCCAACAAAGGGUAUAUAACAAAGUAUUCAGAAACUUUUGUUAUUGACCAAAUACUUAUUUUCCACCAUAACAUGCAAAUAAAUUCAUUAAAAAAAUCCUACAAUGUGAUUUU